GCAGGCGCUGCCAUGGCGACGGCGGCGGAGCAGCAGGGCCGGGCCGCGGUCCCGGAGGAAGCCCCGGACGGGGCCCGGGACGAGGCCGCGGCCGGCGCGGAGCAGACGGUGAAGAUCAUCUGCCUGGGGGACAGCGCCGUGGGCAAGUCCAAGCUGCUGGAGCGGUUCCUGCUCGAUGGCUUCCGCCCCCAGCAGCUCUCCACCUUCGCGCUGACGCUGUACCAGCACCGCGCCCGCGUGGGCGGCCAGGAGGUCCGCGUGGACUUCUGGGACACGGCGGGCCAGGAGCGGUUCCGGAGCAUGCAUGCCUCCUACUACCACCAGGCCCAUGCCUGCAUCAUGGUGUUUGAUGUGCAGCGGAAGGUCACCUACAAGAACCUGAACAGCUGGUACAAGGAGCUGAGGGAAUUCCGCCCAGAGAUUCCGUGCAUUGUAGUGGCCAACAAGAUUGAUGCGGAUAUGAAGGUGACCCAGAAAAGCUUCAAUUUUGCCCGGAAAUUCAGUUUGCCCUUUUACUUCGUGUCUGCUGCCGACGGCACCAACGUGGUGAAGCUCUUCAACGACGCCAUCAGACUGGCCGUGGCUUACAAACAGCACUCAGGAGACUUCAUGGACGAGGUCCUGCGGGAGCUGGAGAGCUUUGACCUGCAGAACACAAGCAAGGAUUUGUCAAAUAAAGAGAAGAGCUGCACUGAAGAGGAGCCCUCAUCUGCCUAGGCCUGGCCCCUGAGCCUGUUUUCCCCUUGGCUCUGGACUUCUGAGGCCUGCACGGAGGACAGUGACGCUUCUCAUGCCCUAGAGCUGUGGUGGGCAGCUGGGCCUCUUCCCUUCUUGUGGGAGCCUACCUGGGCAGGAUCUUCAUUGGUUCGGCCCUCCCUGCUACACAUUUUGCUCAGGAGAGGGUUGGGAGAAUCCCACAUGAUUCCACAUGGAUGGUGGUUCAUUCCCACUGCUCCUUCAGGACAGAGCUGCCUAGGAGAAGUGAGCCAUCCUGGACCUGCAGGAGGGAUCCUGCCCAGGCGCUGUAGUGGUAGAUGCUGCAGAAAGCAAACACUAAAAGAUAUUUUUUACAGA